AUGAGAGCAGAUAAUGAUCACGCGGUUGGAAACUCGGUAGAGAGUUGCAAAGAUGAGUCUAAAUUACCUGAAGAGAAGUGGGAGGAUGCAGAGGUAAAGAUGUCGGAAAAUGGGAAGAACAAUAACAAUGUGUGUGAGUUGUUCUAUGAUACAAGAAGUGGCGAUGAAUGGGAUAAAGAGAAUGAUGAAAACAAUUUGGAACGCCAUUCUUGUGGAGAUUCUAAUGAGGCAGGAGGAAAGACAAUCCGAGAUAAUAGUUGCGAUUUUACUGCGAAGAGAGAUUCUCUUGAGGAAGUUGAUCCGGUUUUUUAUAUGGACAAGAAUGUUAUGGCAUGUGACUUACCUGAGAUCCUUGUUUGUUACAAGGAGAAUACUUACAAUGUCGUGAAGGAUAUAUGUGUCGAUGAAGGCGUGCCUGUUCAGGAGAAGUUCUUGUUCGGUGAGAAAGAUUCUGUAAAGAGUAGCUCAAACUCAAACCAGUGUGGCUCAGAGGAUUUGAUGAAAGCAGACAAAGUCACUGUGAAUCCUUUUGAAACUAAGUCCUCGGAAGAAGGCAACAGUGAGUUUUGUAAUGAUUGUAAGAAAGACCGAGCUGUCGAAGAAUCUUCAAGAGAAGAUUUUGCUGAUGCUGAAGGUACUAGUAAUUUCAAUCAAGCGCAUUUGAUUGUGACGGAAGAAGUCAAGGAUUCUUCGUCCACGCACGGGUUAAAUCCAUCUGAAGUUUCUCUUGAAAUCGAAUCUGAUGAGAAUUCGAAAGACGAAGUGACUAUUUCAUCUGAGGAAAUCUUAAAGGAAUUUUUAACCUUGGGAGAUAUUCUAUCAAGGGAAGAUGAACAAAAACCUCUCCUCAACAACAACAGCGAUAGUCGUAGACCUGAAGAACAGUCUCCACCUCAGCUUCAGGAUAAGGAAAAAAGAAGCGUAGAAACCGCAGCUUUCGAAACAGGGCUUAAGGAAGCAAAGGAGCCAGAGAAAACAGAGGAGAAGCUUUCCUCUGUUUCUACAACAACCUCUCAAGAACCAAACAACACUUGCAACAACUCUACCGAGAAUCAACAGCAAAACUACUUAGUGGAAGAUGACAAACUUUCCUCAAGCAGAUUUGGAGAGACAAGUUUCUCUGCAGCAGAAUCAGUUUCGAUUUCAGGUCAUAUAACAUACUCAGGACCAAUUGCAUUCUCUGGAAGCCUCUCCGUUCGUUCUGAUGCAAGCACAACGAGUGGAAAAUCCUUCGCUUUCCCAAUAUUACAGUCGGAAUGGAACAGUAGUCCUGAAAGAAUGGCGAAAGCGGAUAAGAGAAGACAAAAAGGAUGGAGACACUCUUUUCUCUGUUGUAGAUUCUCUUGA